AUGCCUGAGAUGGAGGAUCGAGAUGAGCUAGAAGCAACUGAGUCAGAACCAGCUGAAUUAGAUGGAGAGAUUCAGAGUGAUAAGGGAAGGGAACCUGAACAGGAAUUUGGGGAGGAUUCUCAAGAGAGUUAUCCUAAUGAAUAUGAAUAUAAGAUACUUAUUAUGGUUUUGGCUUGCAUUUCCCUAAAGAUUAGCUCUAAAUCAUCACUUCUGCAAAUUACAGUGCCGGAGAAGUUUGACAAAAACACCAACCGUAAGGAUGUUACAGAAACACACGGUGAUUGCUUUUAUCAAGGAAAUGUUGAAGAUAUUCCACAAUCUGCUGUGACACUAGACAUCUGCUCAGGACUCAGGGGAUUCUUGCUGAUAGAGAAUGUCAGUUAUGGAAUUGAACCUUUGGAAUCUUCAGCUGUAUUUGAACAUAUGAUUUACCAAAUAAAUAAUGAUCAAGUUGAAUAUCCCCCCUUAACAGAAGGUUACUCUAGGCCCCACUAUAUAGGUCAGCCUUACAGGAUUCUUGUGAAAACAGACAAAACUUCAGAGAUAACAUUGAAAACAACACUGAAAAUACAAAUCAUAAUAGAUAAAGCAAUGUUUGAAUAUAUGGACUCUGACAUAGAUGUGGCAGCUGAGAAAGUGAUCCAUAUCAUUGGUCUCAUCAAUACGAUGUUUUCCCAGCUUAAAAUGACUGUUAUGCUAUCUUCUUUAGAGAUCUGGUCAGAUCAAAAUAAGAUUUCAACUAAUGGGAGUGCUGAUGAAGUAUUACAAAGAUUUUUGUCAUGGAAACAAACAUAUUUGUCUUCAAGGUCCAAUAAUAUGGCAUACUUAUUAAUUUAUAAGGACCAUCCUAAUUUUGUGGGAGCAACGUACCAUGGAAUGGCUUGUGAUCCAAAGUUUUCUGCUGGAAUCCUUCUGCACCCCAGGACAAUAUCCUUAGAGGCAUUUUCAGUUGUUCUGGCACAGCUAAUUGGAAUUAACCUGGGAUUAGCUUAUGAUGACCUCUACAAUUGUUACUGUCCAGAAAGUACAUGCAUAAUGAAUCCUGGAGCAAUACAGUCCCAAGGUGUAAAGGUUUUUAGCCGUUGCAGUACAGACGUAUUUCAGCAGAUAAUUUCACAACCUCAAUUUGGAUGUCUAAGGAAAAAAAAACUUCUUUCACAAUUGACUGCCAAACAAAGCCCACCUGCUUGUGGAAAUGGAGUUGUGGAAAUAGGAGAGGAUUGUGAUUGCGGCAAGCCAGAGGUAUGCAAAUAUACAAAGUGCUGUAAUGCCAAAAGUUGUACUUUCACUAAACCUAAUUUGGAAUGUGGCAGUGGACCAUGCUGUAAUCCAAGCUCUUGUACUCUGUACGAAAGAGGACAUUUGUGUAGGAGAAGUAGAGAUGACUGCGAUUUUGCGGAAUUUUGCAAUGGAACAUCUGAGUUUUGUAUGCCUGAUGUGAAAGCUGCUAACUUAGAGCCAUGUCAUAAUUAUACUGCUUAUUGUCUUUAUGGGCUUUGCCAAGAUCCGAGCAGACAGUGUAAGGACAUAUUUGGAAGAUAUGCCUUAAAUGCUCCUUAUAUAUGUAUUGAAGAAGUAAAUUUUCAAAACGAUAAAUUUGGAAACUGUGGAAAAAGUUGUAAUUUUGGGUUUAUCCUUUGUGGAAAAGUAGUUUGUAGCUAUGGACAUACAGAAGUAGCAGAUAUGAAAGAUUAUGAUUUUCAGUAUACGUACCUUGCAGGCCAUGUAUGUGUGUCUGCACAUUUAAGAAAUACUUCAAGACCUGAUGAUACGUCAUGUGUUCUCGUACAUGAACAUCCCUUUAAAGCACCUUGUAACUCACAUGAACAAUGCAAAGGACAUGGGAUUUGCAAUAGUAAAUUACAUUGUCACUGUGACGCAGGAUAUGCUCCACCAGAUUGUGAAGAACUACUGUCAUCACCAGGAGGGAGCUUCGAUGAUGGAUUUUGGGUUUCAUCAGACCAAGCCAAACUUAUGCUUUUAAACAAAAAAACUGUUCCUAAGAAAAAUGGACUCUUGAUCAGUUUCUACAUUUUUCUACCUUUCCUCAUUAUAACUUCCAUGGUUGUUCUUAAAUGGGAUAAAAUGAAGGAAUUUUUGCAUAGAGAAGAAACAGUAAGUGGAGGUUGA